GACCGGCACCGAGGUGGCCAUCAAAGUCUACAAGGCUUUGAAGGAGACCCACAAGGGCGAGGACGUGCGCCUGCAGAAGUUCCGCAGGCAGAUCAGCGUCCUGAAGAUGUUGCAGGAGCCCUUCGGCACCGUGUCGGACGAGACGCUCUGGCACCCGCAGCUCGCAGCGACGAAGCCGUCCAAGCUCUUCAUGUCGCUUCUGGACUACAGCAAGGACAAGA